AAAAAAAGAGACACUCAAAAACUCUAUACGAGAUGGAAGCGACGAUAGGAAAGGUUUUCGAUUCCGUCUCUACAUUCUUCUCCUCUGGCUCCUCCGACGAGUUUCCCUUGUGCGACAACGACAUCAUCUCGGGAUGUGAGAAAGAGCUUGCAGAGGCUCAGAAAGGCCAAGACGAAGGGUUUAAGAAGGAAUGCAUCAUGCGUUUAUCAUGGGCUCUUGUUCAUUCGGAGACACCUGCGGAUAUACAGCGUGGGAUAGCAAUGCUUGAAGGUUCGGUGGUUAGUGAUACAAGUCCAAUGAAACUGAAGGAGAAUCUAUAUCUCCUUGCUAUUGGAUACUAUCGAAGCGGUGACUUUUCAAGAAGCAGAGAGUGUAUAGAACGGUGUUUGGAGGUUGAACCAGAGUGGAGACAGGCACAGAUGCUAAAAACGGCUAUAGAGGACCGUAUCGUGAAAGAUGGUGUUAUCGGCGUUGGAAUCACUGUUACUGCUGUUGGGAUUGUUGCUGGUAUUGCUGCAGCCUUGAUACGCAGUGGCUGAAAAGGAAAGAACCCGUACAUGUGCAUGGUUCCCUCAUCCUCAGUGAGUUUGUUUGGUUUCUUUGAGAGCUU